AUGAAGAUCGUAGGGAUCGAGCGGACACAGGUAGAGGUAGAGCGAUACGGACAGCCAGGCUCAACGUUCAACGUACACAAGGAAAAAGUCCGAAAGUUUAAGAAAAGCGAGGAUCCCGAGCUAGAAACGUUGACGAGGGAGUACCUGGAGAGGGUGGGCGACGAGCCGGAGGGGCUGGUAGAGGAAAAGAGUACGUACAGGCGCCUCAGGAUCUAUAUUGACCCAAAGACCCGCGAAGGUCUGGAGCACUUCCUCGGGAUUCCUGCGGUCCCGUAUUGA